UUGGGGGUAAAAACUGUUGAGAAGCCUUUUUGUCCUAGACUUGGCACUCCGGUACCUCUUGCCAUGCGGUAGUAGAGAGAACAUUCUAUGACUGGGGUGGCUGGGGUCUUUGACAAUUUUUAGGGCCUUCCUCUGACACCGCCUGGUGUAGAGGUCCUGGAUGGCACUCAGCUUAGUGAUGUACUGGGCUGUAUGCACUACCCUCUGUAGUGCCUUGCGGUCGGAGGCCGAGCAAUUGCCGUACCAGGCAGUGAUGCAACCAGUCAGGAUGCUCUCGAUGUUGCAGCUGUAUAACCUUUUGAGGAUCUGAGGACCCAUGUCAAAUCUUUUUGCUUUCCUGAGGGGGAAUAGGCUUUGCCGUGCCCUCUUCACGACUGUCUUGGUGUGUUUGGGCCAUUCUAGUUUGUUGGUGAUGUGGACAAAAAAACUUGAAGCUCUCAACCUGCUCCACUACAGCCCCGUCGAUGAGAAUGGGGGUGAUCUGUCCUCCUUUUCCUGUAGUCCACAAUCGUCUCCUUAUUCUUGGUUACACUGAGGGAUAGGUUGUUAUUCUGGCACCACCCGGCCAGGUCUUUGACUUCCUCCCUAUAGGGUGUCUCAUCGUUGUCGGUGAUCAGGCCUACCACUGUUGUGUCGUCUGCAAACUUAAUGAUGGUGUUGGAGUUGUGCCUGACCAUGCAGUCGUGGGUGAACGGAGUACAGGAGGGGACUGAGCACACACCCCGAGGGGGCUCCAGUAUUGAGGAUCAGCGUGGCAGAUGUGUUGCUACCUACCCUCACCACCUGGGGGUGGUCCGUCAGGAAGUCCAGGAUCCAGUUGCAGAGGGAGGUGUUUAGUCCCAGGAUCCUUAGCUGAGUGAUGAGCUUUGAGGGCCUUAUGGUGUUGACCGCUGAGCUGUAGUCAAUGAAUAGCAUUCUCACAUAGGUGUUCCUUUUGUCCAGGUGGGAAAGGGCAGUGUGGAGUGCAAUAGAGAGUGCCUCCUCUGUGGAUCUGUUUGGGCGGUAUGCAAAUUGGAGUGGGUCUAGGGUUUCUGGGAUAAUGGGAUAAUGGUGUUGAUGUGAGCCAUGACCAGCCUUUCAAAGCAUUUCAUGUAUACAGCCGUGUGUGCUACGUGUCUGUAAUCAUUUAGGCAGGUUGCCUUCAUGUUCUUGGGCACAGUGACUAUGGUGGUCUGCUUGAAACAUGUUGGUAUUACAGACUCAAUCAGGGACAUGUUGAAAAUGUCAGUGAAGACACCUGCCAGUUGGUCAGCACAUGCCCGGAGCACACGUCCUGGUAAUCCGUCUGGCCCCGCAGCCUUGUGAAUGUUGACCUGUUUAAAGGUCUUACUCAUGUCGGCUACGGAGAGCGUGAGGUGUUCAAUUUCUGGCCCGGUUUGUUUUGCAUGGCCCGGUGCCCCGGUUGAGUGGAGAUUGCAUAUUUUAGAAUAUUCCAUUGGUCCUUAAGUGAAUUCUCCACCCACCCGGGGGAACUGGGCCAUGCAAAACUAAAUGGUCCAAUCAGAAUAGGGCUAUAGGGGUUGGGCAAGUGAGUGCUCUUGGGUUGUGUAUAGUUAAUUAUUCCAGGAAGAGAAGUGCAUUGCAGUGUUGGGUGGGGAGGAAGAACAUUUUCAAUGUCAUUUCUCUGAAGUGAAACUAAAGCUAGCCAUAUGUUGUGCAUGAAACCAAACUCCCCAGCUCUUCAGAAAACUGUUAAAUAGUGAAAUUCAGUCUUUGGACCUCUUAACACCAAACAGAAAGUAGAACAGAAAUCUUAUCCGCAAACACAUGCAGAUAUGGCGUCCUCCAGCAGUGUCCUCGCUGAAGAGCAGUUCCUGUGCUCCAUCUGUCUGGAUGUGUUCACUGAGCCGGUCUCUAUUCAAUGUGGACACAACUACUGCAUGUCCUGUAUCAGGAAGUAUUGGGAUGGCAAUGACCUGUGCCAGUGUCCCAUGUGUAAAAAAACAUUUUACAGGAGACCAGAUCUGUUCAUCAAUACAUUCAUUUCUGAGAUGGCUGCUCAGUUCAGGAAAUCAGUUCAAGUGAAAGCCACCAGCAGCUCAGACCAACUCCCUGCCAAAACUGGAGAAGUCUCCUGUGACAUCUGCACUGGGAUGAAGCUCAAGGCCCUGAAGUCCUGCCUGGUGUGUCAGACCUCUUACUGUGAGACUCACCUGGAGCCUCAUCAGAGAGUCGCAGCCUUAAAGAGACAUAAGCUGAUCAACCCUGUGGAGAACCUGGAAGACAGGAUGUGUAAGAAGCAUGACUGGCUCCUGGAGCUGUUCUGUAGGAGUGAUCAGACAUGUGUGUGUCAGUUCUGCACUGAGGCAGACCACAAGACUCACAACACAGUCCCUCUAGAAGAAGAGUAUGGAGAGAAGAUGGCUGAACUGGGGAAGAUGAUGGCAGUAGUACAGCAGAUGAUGCAUGCAAGAUCUAGAAAGGUUAAGGAGAUCAAGCAGUCUGUAGAGCUCAGCAAGAGAGUUGCAGAGAGAAAGAUAUUAGACAGUGUGCAGGUAUUCACUGCUCUGGUGCGCUCCAUUGAGAGAAGUCAGGCUGAGCUCAUUGAGGUGGUCAAAGAGAAGCAUAAAAAAGCGGAGAGGCAGGCUGAAGGGCUCAUUAAAGAGCUGGAGCGGGAAAUGAAUGAGCUACAGAGGAGAAGCACUGAGCUGGAGCAGCUCUCACACACUGAGGACCAGCUCCACCUCCUCCAGAGCUUUCCAUCCCUCUGUACCCCUCCAGACACCAAGGACUGGUCUGAGAUCAGUGUUCACAGUGAUCUGUAUGUGGGGACUGGGAGGAGAGUUGUGUCCCAACUGGAGGAGACACUGAAUAAAGAGAUGGAUAAAGUCAAAUUGAAGAGGGUGCAGCGCUAUGCAGUGGAUGUGACUCUGGACCCUGAUACGGCAAACCCCUAUAUUAUCCUGUCUACAAGUGGGAAAGAAGUGAGAUAUCAACAGAAGCAACAAGAUCUCCUUGACAACCCAAAGAGGUUUUCAACCUGUCCCUGUGUUCUUGGAAAUAAAGGUGUCUCCUCAGGAAGAUUUUACUAUGAGGUGACUGUUAAGGGAAAGACUAAGUGGGAUUUAGGAGUGGCCAGAGAGUCCAUCGACAGGAAGGGAAAUAUCACACUGAGCCCUAAGGAUGGUUACUGGACUGUGGCACUGAGGGAGAGGUAUAAGUACCUAGCCUGUACCUCCCCACCUGUCCUCCUCUCCCUGAGAGAAAAGCCCCAGAAAGUGGGGGUGUUUGUGGAUUAUGAGGAGGGUCAGGUGUCCUUUUAUGAUGUGGAGGCCAGGUCUCAUAUCUACUCUUACACUGGCUGCACCUUCGCUAAGAAACUAUAUCCAUACUUAGGACCUUGUGCUAAUUUUGGGGAUGAAAACUCUGCUCCUCUGAUUAUCUCUCCUGUCAAUCACACAGUCUGAGGAUGACGUUUUGACAUUGCAGAAGCGUGGAGAUGUUUCCAAAGAUAAUGGUAUCCUGACAAAUACUCCGCAUGGACCUUGAUUCUGUUAAGUUUAAAAUACUGCACUUUGCAUUAUCACAUGAAUCACAGAAAAAAAAAUCCCUGCAAAUAUUUAGUUCAAUAUUAGAUGAAAUUGUUCCAGUCUCUUCUGUGUGGUCAUUUCUUAAUGUACAUAUACAUAAUGUGUGUUUAUGUAAUAAUGUCGUGCUGAUGUGACUGUAUUGUGAUUCAUUUCAUGUAAUCUCUGACACCAAUGAUUGAGCAGCCUCUUCGUGGUUACAAGUGCUCUCCUGUCCCCAUCGUGCAUGGGGACAAAGCUUUACAACACAACACAACACACGACUAUAUUUUGAAGUGCCUUUCUCGUGUUGUUUGUUCUGUCUUUGAUUGUAACACAAAAAUGUCAUUACAUUUUAAAUAAACACCAUUAAAGAAACAGAUGCAGUGAGUAUGUUU